AUGGAGAAGAACACAGAAUCCUCAUCCUCAUAUAAACUCGUCAAAGCCGUUAAAUCGACAGCUGUAGUCAAGUACACAGCAGUGCAAACACCAGCAACAUUCGCCCAAUUGCAAUGUAACACCGAUUUGAAUCAUCCUCCAAGCAACUGGUUGAGUAGUUCAGCAGAGAGCUAUGGCUUACAAAGCGUAUGGUCAACAAACACUGGAUUCUCAUCCUUUCGAAUGGCACACAUGUUUCCUGACUGUGUUGGAGAGGUUGACGUUGUAUCAGAUGCUGAAAAUAUUAAAAAGUUGUUGAAAAUGCCCUACAGUCACAGUGUCAUUUCCAUGAUGGUUCAUAGAAUUGAAAACACAUUGCUUCUUGAUGACUUUGAUAUUCAUAAAUAUUUACUGCGCCAGGCAGAAACCGAUUGGGAAUGGCUGAGGAAAUUCUUCUACGAAAAUAUAUUUGAGGACACAAGAGGCGAUAAGAAGAGUAAAUUAUUUCACAAGACAACUCAUAAUAGUCGUAACACACUUCAACAAAAAAAUUUAGUAUCAAAAUUUCUCUAUCACUCACUGGUUCUAACUGAUAAUGAAUUGAGUAAGAAUGGCACUACUGGCACUACUAAUGACGACAUCAAUUCCAACAAUGCCAGUCAUGAUCAUGACCAUAAAGAUGAAAUGAGCAUUAAUUCAGCUUCCCCAUUGAUUCUCCAAAGUGUGGAGCCAAUGUUACCAGAGCCAACUCGUGAAGAUAAACUACCAGACCCAAAUCACAAUCACAAUUUCACUAGGAAUGUUGUCUGGACAUUUGAGAAUAUACAGAUGCUGAUAGGGACUGAUAUGCCGAUAUUUGGUGGACAAACCCAUCCAUGCAUUAGUCUGAGACUACGAGACGUGAAUAAACCAAUCAACGUUCUAACUGGUAUUGACUACUGGCUGGACAAUCUCAUGUCCAAUGUUCCUGAAGUGGUUAUGUGCUACCAUUUGGACGGUAUCGUUAAAAAAUAUGAGCUCAUAAAAACAGAAGAUCUACCUAACCUGGAUGAUGCUGAAUUUAGUCCAAAAGUCAUUCGUGAUAUUGCUCAAAAUAUUUUGAGUUUUUUGAAGAACAAUGCAACAAAAGCUGGCCACACAUAUUGGCUAUUCAAAGGUAAAGACGACGAUGUCGUCAAAUUAUAUGAUUUAACCUCACUCUGCACUGAUAAUGCCAGCGAUGAGCCAGAUGUAACUGAAAAAGGUCAAAAUCCAUUUACAGUACCUGUGGCUAUGCUUUUAUAUCGAGUCGCCAGGAAUAUGAAAUAUUCAAUGGAUCGACCCACUAGAGGGCACAAAGGCACAAUUCGAAUGCUUUUGACAAACUGCAUCCAAUUAUUGAAUCGUGAAAAAUAUCCCCAAAUCGUAACUUCUGCACACUACAUGUUGUCUGACCUUUACGUGCCUGCUGACACAGAUCCAGCUAAACCCACUCUUGUAGAGGAGGAUUAUCAAGAUGGUCCAGCAUCAGAUUGUACGAGUACCAGCAGCAAUCAGGAUGUCAAUGACCCACGCCCACAAUGUGCUAACAACAAUUGUUCUAACGAUCCUCUGAGUGAACACGAUAAUGCCGAUGAGAAUGAUGAUGGCAUCAGUGCCACUGCCAGUGUCAAAUCAUUAAUGCUUGCAAAUGUCAAGGAUCAAUCUGAACACGAAGAGUCACCCAAGUACAAGCCACCCUCAGUGAGUGGAACGAUCGUUGAACGCUGUCGAAUUGCCCUUGAUCAUGUUUAUAAUGGAUUGCAAUGUCUGGUGUACUUUCCCACGAGUAAUUUAGCCUGUGAUGAUGAUGAUAUUGAUAACAAAUGUGAUAAUCAGGAUUUUAAUACCAAUCUGCAGGAUCAUCAGAAUACAGCGAAACCAUUCGAAGCAAUACCAAUGCCAUACUACUCUCUGGAUGCAAGUGUCAUUAAAAAUAAAAAAGCCAAUGAGGAAAUUUCAAGUGUAAACAGUCGAAAGAAAAGUCAGAAGAAGAAAUCUCGUAGGAACGAAAACAAUUUAACAAAUAGUAAUAGUAAACAGCAGCAGGGGCAGCAGCAACAAUUAGUUAUUAAUGGACAAUCAGCAGGAAAAGCUUUGUUGUUGUGCCAAAAGUCCAAAGUUGAGACGUUACCAACGUGGGAAGCACCUAAGAAAACGGAUAACCACAGCUGGAAAGCCCACUUGAAAGCCUUAUUGUAUGAAAAAGCGGCAUUGAUAUUUACAGUCCUUGCUGAAUAUGAAUACGCCAGCCCCCAAUGUAAUUACGGUGCUUCACUCAGGUACAUUCUCAACGUGCUGAAGUGUCAAAAAAUUUUGGAGACGUUCUGUGCUAUAACAAAUGACAAAUCAACCAGUUAUUUAUUGGGAAGAGCAGGGGAUUGUUGCUUCAUGGCAGCUAAGGAUUGGCGUAACAUUGAUAAGCAUAGGGCAGUGUUUAACCUAAAAGAUGAUACAGAGGAUAAAAUUGUUGAGGAAAUUGCAAGCAUAAAAAAUAUUGAUAUCAAUGGCCAUGAAUACUGUUCUGAAGCUUUCAAAAGCAUUGAAGAUUGUUUGCAGGCCUCACACAAGUCUUAUGAAAAAGCACUAGCUCUGGAACCUCUCCAAAUUGAUAGAACGAACCUUCUACGACGAAUAGGAAAUGUUCACAACGAACUUGGUAUUCUGUACAUGGAGCAGGUGAGUACUGAAUCCCAGCAGCAACAGCAAUCCCAGAAUAAUGUUACCAGUGAUAAAACAAGCUCCAAGGAUUCACUCGACAUCGGCUGGUUUCUGACACAAUCACUGCAUCAUUUUGAUUCUGGCAUCAAGACAUUCGAAAGCGUGUGUGAUGAAGCUAACAUCGCUCUUUUGCACUCGAAUAAGGGGCGACUGAUGCGACUAUGUUCUCUUAUCAAUUCCAAUGAACGAAUGCAAGUCAGAAACUUUUACAAUAAGGCACUCUACAACUAUCAGAGGGCCCUCCAAGUGUUGGGCAUGAGGAAGACCAAUCCUGUAAUAUGGGAUGCCGUCAACUGGGAUUUAUCGACAACUCUCUUCACAAUGGCGACACUACUGCAAUGUUGUCCAAGCCUUCAUUCCGAGAAUGCAGAAGAAUUAGAGAGGGAAGCUGUUGAAACUCUCCAUAAAGCUCUGAAGCACUGUGACAUUGAUACGCCAGGUCCCAAGCAACUUGUUCAUCAAUUUCGUGGAGCAAAAAUUCAUAAUAGCCUUGGAUCCCUGUAUCAAGGUAUUUACAGACGACUCGAUUCUGAUUUAGAUUCGGUUAAACGUAAAACACCACUGCAACUGAGUAAACUUCAUUAUGAGAAGGCAGCUAAACUUUUUCUUUCAUUGGAACAGCCAAUCCCAUUUUUAACUGUACAACUUGAGCGAGUGUCUUUAGCUGAGUGUCAAGCACAAAUAACAACACUUUUCCAGAAUAAAUUUAAGAUCUACCAAAAUGCUGUGGAUUGUCUACUCCAGUGUAAAGAUAUACUUGAGAAAACUGUGAUACUGGAGAAAGAUCAAAUACUCAUGAAGCAGAGCGAUUCAGAGGCAGCUGAACUUCUUCGUUCCCCCUGUAUUUUAGAUAUAGAGGAACAAGAUAGAAAUGAGGAGGUGCUCAUACCCUUGCUUAAAAAGAGAUUGCAAUACUUUCUCAAGUCCUUAACCAAAUUGUGCCUCGGCAAAAGUAGCAAACAGUACCAACACUUUGCUGAUAUAUAUAAACGAUGUUAUAGUUUGAGUUUGAUGGAUUCGGAGGAUCAAUCAACUUUAUCAUUAGUCAAACACAAUACUCAUCUACUUCGGGAGCUCAGUGAUAUUCUAAGUGAAAUCCACGAAUCCCUUACAUGAUAAUUGUUGCCCUUCGAUUUGUUAUUAAAUGAAAACACUACUUGCAUCAAAGCUAUAUUUUUUUUCAACUCUGUCAAUUAUCAAUUAAUAAUAAUAAUAAUAAUAAUAAUAAUAAUAAUAAUAAUAAUAAUAAUAAUAAUAAUAAUAAUAAUAAUAAUAAUAAUAAUAAUAAUAAUAAUAAUAAUAAUAAUAAUCAAAUUAA